CUCUCUUUACAACAAAAGAUUUAUCAUUCCCUAAAGCAUGUCUCCUUAUGUUUCGUUAUUUCCUCAAUGCAUGCAUACGAGUAUAGAGCAGUUCAAGGCACCCUUUAAAAUUAUGGACAGUCUUGAGGCACCCUUUAAAAUUAUGGACAGUCCCGAGGCACCCUUUAAAAUUAUGGACAGUCCCGAGGCACCCUUUAAAAUUAUGGACAGUCCCGAGGCACCCUUUAAAAUUAUGGACAGUCCCGAGGCACCCUUUAAAAUUAUGGACAGUCCCGAGGCACCCUUUAAAAUUAUGGACAGUCUUGAGGCACCCUUUAAAAUUAUGGACAGUCCUGAGGCACCCUUUAAAAUUAUGGACAGUCCCGAGGCACCCUUAAAAAUUAUGGACAGUCCCAAAGCACCCUUUUAAAUUAUGGACAGUCUCGAGGCACCCUUUAAAAUUAUGGACAGUCCCGAGGCACCCUUUAAAACAAUGGACAGUUCUGAGGCACCCUUUAAAAUUAUGGACGGUCUUGAGGCACCCUUUAAACUAUGGGCAGUCCAGAGGCACCCUUUAAAAUUAUGGACAGUCCCGAGGCACCCUUUAAAAGUAUGGACAGUUCCAAAUCACCGUUUUAAAUUAUGGACAGUCCCCAGGCACCUUUUAAAAUUAUGGACAGGCGCGAGGUACACUUUAGAAUUAUGGACCGUCCCGAGGCACCCUUUAAAACUAUGGACUGUCCCAAGUCACCCUUUAAAAUAAUGGACAGU